AUGGUGACAGAGCAGGAGGUGGAGGCAGUGGGGCAGACACUGGUUGACCCCCAGCAGCCCCUGCAGGCCCGCUUCCGGGCACUGUUCACACUGCGUGGGCUCGGGGGUCCAGUGGCCAUUGCCUGGAUCAGCCGGGCCUUCGAUGAUGACUCAGCCCUGCUCAAGCAUGAGCUAGCCUACUGCCUGGGCCAAAUGCAGGACCGGCGGGCCAUCCCCGUGCUGCUGGAUGUGCUGCGGGACACCCGCCAGGAGCCCAUGGUGCGCCACGAGGCAGGGGAGGCCCUGGGGGCCAUUGGGGACCCAGAAGUGCUGGAGAUCCUGAAGCAGUACUCUACUGACCCUGUCGUCGAGGUGGCCGAGACAUGCCAGCUGGCUGUCCGGCGGCUAGAGUGGCUGCAGCAGCACAGUGGGGAGUCAGCAGUCCGGGGGCCCUACCUCUCUGUGGACCCGGCCCCGCCCGCUGAGGAGCGCGACCUGGGACGGCUGCGGGAGGUGCUGCUGGAUGAGGCCCGGCCACUGUUCGACCGAUACCGAGCCAUGUUCGCCCUGCGCGACGCCGGAGGCAAGGAGGCCGCCCUGGCACUAGCCGAAGGCCUGCGCUGCGGCAGCGCCCUCUUCCGCCAUGAGAUCGGCUACGUUCUGGGCCAAAUGCAGCAGGAGGCGGCAGUGCCCCAGCUGGCGGCGGCCCUGGCGCGGCCCACCGAGAACCCCAUGGUACGACAUGAGUGCGCCGAGGCCCUGGGGGCCAUUGCCCGGCCUGCCUGCCUGGCCGCCCUGCGGGCCCACGCGGCCGACCCUGAGCGUGUGGUGCGGGAGAGCUGCGAGGUGGCCCUGGACAUGUACGAGCACGAGACGGGGUCGGCCUUCCAGUAUGCGGACGGGCUGGAGCGGCUGCGCUCGCCGCUUUCCUAG